CAACGUCGCUACCGCUGCCCACUACUCACCGCAACUUGCCGCAAUCCGCCAACAGCGUCGGAACUAAUUGACUUGCGUACUCGGCACGCACACACACCACACACACACACGCGCGGCACAAGACAAGACAAGACAAGACAAGACCUCGUCGUGAGCGCGGCCAAGUGUCCUCGGCGCAUGGUGCACACUUGCGGCCUUCUUCUCGCAUGAGCUUAGAUCUACGUCUUCCGCCAUGAGCGCCAUCCUGACAGACCGACAGGCCGAAGAGCUACACAAGGCCAUUAUAGCCUACCUAGGCGUCGUCCAUGCGCCCAAAACAGCAGAAGCGUUUCGCCAAGAGGUGAACGUCUCGGCCGCCUUCGACGACGCAACCAGGAAAAAGUACGAGGGACUGCUGGAGAAGAAGUGGACCAGCGUGGUCCGAUUACAGAAGAAGGUUCUGGAGCUUGAGCAGCGCAAUCAGAGCCUCCAGAGCGAACUCGACUCGACAACCCCUACGUCACUCCUCCGAAGAAACCAAGACCCCACCAGCUGGCUACCACGAGCCCCCGCACGGCACACCCUCCAGUCCCACCGCUCGCCCAUCACAUGCGUCGCUUUCCAUCCUGUCUUCUCGUCGCUCGCGUCGGGCUCAGAAGAUACCACUAUCAAGAUCUGGGACUGGGAAUUAGGCGAGCUAGAAAGGACGGUAAAAGGGCACACAAAAGGCGUCCUUGAUGUCGACUUUGGCGGUCCAAGAGGCGGAACACUCUUAGCCUCGUGCUCGAGCGACCUGACCAUUAAGCUCUGGGACCCCUCUGACGAGUACAAGAACAUCCGGACACUACCCGGACAUGACCACUCCGUCUCUGCGAUUCGAUUCGUCCCUAGUGGCGCCGCAGGUUCGCCCUCGUCCGGCAACCUGCUUGUUUCUGCAUCUCGCGACAAGACGCUACGGAUAUGGGACGUCACAACCGGAUAUUGUGUCAAGACGAUACGAGGGCAUGCCGACUGGGUGCGAGAUGUGGCGCCCAGUUUUGACGGACGAUGGUUGGUUUCUGCAGGAAACGAUCAGACGGCACGGCUGUGGGAUGCUAGCUCCGGAGAGGCCAAGUGCACCUUCCUCGGACACGAGCAUGUCAUCGAGUGCGUGGCGAUAGCGCCGCCCGUGUCCUACACUCAUCUUGCUUCCCUCGCCGGUUUGAAGAAGCCACCACCGCUCAGCAGCUCCGCCGAAUUCAUCGCAACGGGGUCGAGAGACAAGACGAUCAAAAUAUGGGACGGGCGGGGAACAUUGAUCAAGACUCUUGCUGGACACGACAACUGGAUCCGCGCCCUGGUCUUUCAUCCUGGAGGCAAAUAUUUGCUAUCGGCGAGCGACGACAAGACCAUUCGAUGUUGGGACCUUACCCAAGAAGGUCGAUGCGUAAAGGUCGUCACAGAUGCACACGGUCACUUCGUCAGCUGUAUGCGAUGGGCGCCCAACAUCGUCAAAGACGUUCCUGUCAACGGAGAUGCACCCAAUGGCGCGACAAACGGAGUCAGUAAGAAGAAAGAAGACGAUGUUGCCAAGGCAGGGAUACGAUGUGUGAUUGCGACAGGGUGCGUCGAUCUUAACGUUCGCAUAUUUGCUUCAUAACAUAAGAAGAGACGACUACGUUCCACACGAAUUAUAAUGACUUUACGGUCACAGUCCCUUUUGACGGCGCAUGCCGACAGCCUCGUUGGUGAUUGUCGACUUCAUGAGAUCCUGUAAUACCCAUCCACGCGCCCUGAUAGUUUCCUUUCCAGGCCCGCGAGAGGUAAUUCUGGAGGCGAAGGUUUGGUAUGUAGGCUGAAUCCACCAAGAAGGCUUUGAUAGAACGAGGUGGACGAUCUCAUCUAGGUCAUAGUGAUGAAGGAAAGCGACCCUUUGCUAGUUGCAAGGUGGCGGUGGUGCUGGUGGCAUGAUGAUGUGGAAAUGCAAGCUAGGAAAUUUAAAUCCGAAGUUUAAAGUC